CGUCGUUAUGAGAGGAUGGGAGCGCAUGCGCGAAAUGUCCUGAAUCGCUUCCCGUCGCUAUGCGAGGAUCGGUUGACGUGCAACUUCAAUAGGUGUGACGGUGUAAAGAAAAAGUUAAAGGUGGAUUAUCAGUGAUGCCCAGCACAGUAUUGUGUGGUGGAGGCCGGCUGGUCCGUUCUCAAACAAUUGGUCGGCAAAUGUUAGCCGCCAUGGAGGUCUGCAGAGUCAGAACCUUCUCCACUGCAAACCCCGAUGAACCGUACAUAGCUGUGUCCCAUGCGGACUCAGGCCCCAGAACUGUGUGGCCCGAUGAGAACAUGGGACCUUUCGGACCUCAGGACCAGCGCUUCCAGCUGCCAGGUAAUGUGGGCUUCGACAGCCACCUGGAAGGCGUGGAAGAGAAGAAGAAAUCUACGGCGAACAGAGUGGUGCCGGAUGUACUGACGGCACCGUGCAGUGCCGAGAGACACCAGUUUGUUCUGGCCCAGUUUGUCAAUGAGUUUCAGGGGAAACUGGGACCCAUAUCCAAGCGGGUUCACAAAGCUGAGCAGUAUUUUCAUCAAACAGACACAGAUUGUUCCAUAAAUUCCUGCCCGGAGCUGCUAAGAAAAGAUCUGGAGCUGUUGUUCCCGACGGCACCCAACACUUCCAUCACAGUCGUGACGGUCUCGCAGAGGAGCGGUCUGUUGGAGGAGGCGGAGCCGGACAGAGAGCAGCUGCUCAGCAGAUUUGUGAGCGGCGCAAAGGAAAUGUGUUUCGCGCUGUGGACCGCAGGCUACUGGGCGGACUUUAUCGACCCGACAACAGGAGAAGCUUUCUUUGCAUCUCCAGUUAGUCCGAGCGCAGCACACACGGGGAAGGAGGAAGACGAACCCCUGCAUUCCGGAUUCCGCAUCGAGACGUCGGGCACCUGCACGGUCAUCCGCCACCUUCUGAGAGGAACGCCUUGGUUUGUGGGCACCGUUUUCACCAACGCACCGACUCACAGUGCCGUCGUCACACGGCUACAAGGACGCUCACGGGGACUGGACGACGAGGUGGAAUGAGACGGAUCUCGCCGCGGCCUUUGUGAAAAGGCUCGGCCGCCGUGUGUGUGUGUGUGUUUCUGUAUGUAAAGUGAGAGUACCACGCUCCAACAACGUAGUAAACAAGUGGACUGGACUGAGCUCUGACAGCGCAACUCUUGUGCUUGGCCGUGAACCCGCGGCAAUGCCCUGCAUCCACACACCCGUACUGGGACAGGUAGCAUCCGCACACCUAUACAGGGACAGGUAGCAUCCGCACACCUAUACAGGGACAGGUAGCAUCCGCACACCCGUACUGGGGCAGGGAGCAUCCGCACACCAGUACUGGGGAAGGGAGCCUUUUGAGCGCUCCAUGGCCAGAGGUAGCAGGUUGCAUCAUUCACCAACCUGCACUCGGGCAACACUGGUUGUGAGGAAUCUUAGCUGCCGAACCAAUAAAGCGACGUCUCAUCAGGCUGCACUGAAAAA